AUGGAGAAGCUGGAUCUCUCCUCACUCAAAUCCUACUCGCCCGACUGGCCUCAUGAGCUUCGUCUGGCAGUAUGUAUCGCGACCAAGUACGCUCAACAGCGCCUCUGUCAGCGAGCGAGAGCUUCUGCGCUUGGUUUCGGAAUUGGGAGCGGCGGUUCUUCGGCGAGGGGGGGUGAGAAUGGAGGAAAAGAUGAGGGGGAUAGUGCCGAGCUGAAUGAAGAUGGGACUUCUCGUAGGCAGAGAAAAGGAGGAGAGUCAGCUCCGCCGGGGGAGGAGUCCUCUUCCACGAGUAGCAGAGCUGAGACCGAGAAGCAAAGGAAGGAGCUGGUGGAGUCGUGGGAGGAGUUUGCUAGCAAGCAUCUGGGUGUGGCUGAGGAGACUUUGCCCCCUGGGCCGCUCGCGUACGAAGAGAUACUGGAGAUUGGACAAGGUCGCCCCGACUCAGAUGCUGGCUCAGCCGGCAUGGAGAAGGAGCAGCGGGCUUGGCAACUCGAGGCGAUGGGACAGGAGACAGGAGGCGCAUUUGCUCGGCUCUACCCUGAGCUUGUCCUUCGGUCAGAUGUAGAGGAGGAAAAAGCUCGCAAGGCGGCACAAACCGAAAAAGCCAAGGGAGCUGAAAAGGAGCGGACCCGAAAGUUGCAAGAGGCGCUUCAGAAAGCUCAUAAGGAUGGUACAGUCUCAGAUGAAAAGGACAAGGAUGUCGAGGACGCCGCUCUUGCGCUAGCCUCAAGCUCUGUCACGGACGAGAAGGACAAGCAGCUCAGCACGUUACAGCUCCCGGAGCCCCUUCGAGUCCAUCGCACAGGUGGCGCCCUGUCGAGCGAGGCCAGCUCAAGCAGGGGCGUCGAAGUCUACAACGACCUACUUCUCAUCGCUCUCGGUCUGGGCCAAUAUCGCUCACUCGAAGACGGCGCAACGAUGGUCUUUGAGAAUGAAGCCGUCUUUGGCGAUGAGCCUCUUGCGAGCAGUACGAAUAAGGUCAAAACACCAGCAACCUCUGGCUCAACCCCUGACCCAUCUCCAGCGGGGCUUCAAGCAGAGCUAGCCUAUCAGCAACAACAGCGGAAGGCUGGCCUACCAAACUCAGCGCCUUCUUCUGCCUCUGCCUCUGGUCCUGUGAACACGUGGAAUUCGUUCUCGAAAUGGGCAGACAGCUCCUUUAAAAGCGUUGGGAAUCUGUUCCCUCCUCCUGCGCCAGGAGCUAAGGGUACCCACGCCGAUACCGCCUCCCCGCAGGGCAGCGGUAGCGCCGGCGGUUCCGGUGGUGAGAAGACGGCUCGUCAGCAGCCUAGCGAAUUCUGCCACUACGAUGCCCGUGCCCGCGCAAUGAUCUUCGUCGCUUCCAGCGCCCUCGGACUCUCCGGUUCAGAUGGACAAGCGGCGGAGAAGAUCUUGGCGCAGACCAUCUACUUCAUCAUGAAGGAUGCCCAAUCCGCGGCCGCGAAGCAGGGAAAGGACCCUCUGAAGCACGCAAAGAUUUCUACUUCUGCUGAAGAGGAUGAGGAUAGCGGCGGUAGGACAAGCUGGAUGAACAGAGCGGGCACGAGCGCAGUAGCGGAGCACGGUCGCUCCAACUGGAAGAGAUGGGCAGCGGCGGGAGGUGGUGCUGCCAUUGGUGCCGGCAUCAUUGGCUUGACGGGCGGUCUAGCAGCCCCGCUAGUCCUUCCAGCGCUGGCCAGUCUGUCUGGUGUUGCUCUGUUCGCCUCGUCGGGAGGCAUCGUCCUCGCCGCUGCCCUCUUCGGUAUCGGCGGUGGAGGUCUGGCAGGCUACAGAGUCUCUCGUCGACUGCGUGGACUCGAGUCUUUCGAGUUCAAAGAAGUCGAUACCGAAGCGCGCUUGGCUGGAGUAUCGAUUCCUUCUCUCCACGCUACCAUUUGCGUAUCGGGGAUCAUCCUAGAAGAGUCUCAGCAGCUCACGUCGUGGCAGGGCGUGUGGGCCUCGUCGAAAUCGCAAGAUGUCUACAUUGUCUCUAGCGAGGCUAAAUUGAUGGCUCAAGCAGGUGUGGAUCUACGUGGUUAUGUCUUUACGUACAUGAAGCGGGCCCUGGGCCAAAAGGCAGCCGAAGAGGCUAUCAAGAGGACCGCCCUAGCCGCCUUCACAGCUCUGACGCUACCACUCACUGUGGCCAACACUCUGGGUACUGCUCUCGACUCAACAUUCGUUCGAGCAAAGAGCAAGGCCUAUAAGAAGGGUCUGGUUCUCGCCGAGGUGUUACGAGCUGAAGUGCAGGGUCACCGGCCUGUAGUGCUGAUGGGCGCGAGUCUGGGAUGCAUCACCAUCCUCACUGCCUUAGCCGAGCUGGCUAAAGAACCAGAGGUCAACUCCCACCUGGUAGACUCCGUCUUCCUCAUUGGUGCACCGGCAACUACAGGGAAAAAGACGCUGACCAAGGCGAGGAGUAUUGUGGGAAGGAGAUUCGUCAAUGCCUUCAGCAGCAAGGAUAUGGUCUGCUCUGUCGCUGCUUGGCUGGGAAUGGAGCUGUCGGCAGAGGAGAUUGCAGACGGGAGAGCGCCACGGGUGAUGGGAUCGGGGCCCAUCUGGGGCGUACCUGGAGUCGAGAAUAUCGACGUGUCUGAACUGGUGCCUUCGCACUUUGACCUGGCUGAGCCGGACAAAUUGCGGCUGAUAUGUGAGCGCAUCGGCGCCAUAGAGGGGUGA